CGAAUGGAUGAGUCUUCUCGGAUAGUAAUCCAAUGUUUCCCUAGCCGCGCUAUUACACUUAAGUAAGAAUAAUCCUUCUUUUUUAUCCUUUUUCCGUCUCUCACUUUAUUUGACAUUUUCAUUCGAAGCUCUUUAAUAACCGCCGACGAACACACAGUGCGAGUGCGAGUAAGUUCAUCGCUAAUGGCGGAGAAGCCUCAGCCUGUUCGUGUUUUAUACUGCGGAGUUUGCGGGUUACCCGCUGAGUACUGCGAGUUUGGACCUGAUUUUGAGAGCUGCAAGCCAUGGUUGAUACAGAACGUACCGGAUCUCUACCCGGAUCUCCUCAAAGAGGCUGAUGCGAAAGACGCUGAUAAAGUAUCUGAUCAGCUCCAAUCCACCUCAAUCUCUGGCGGUUCUUCUAAACCUAAAGAGGAAGAUGUAAAACGUUUACCUGGUGGAAAAAUUAAAAAGAAGGAGAAGCAGGAAGUUAUUAUUGAAAAGAUGACUCGAAACAAGCGGAAAUGUAUCACCACUGUAAAAGGCCUAGAUCUUUUUGGGGUUAAACUGAGUGAUGCAUCAAAGAAGCUUGGAAAGAAGUUUGCUACUGGAGCUUCUGUCACGAAGGGCCCAACUGAGAAGGAGCAAAUUGAUGUUCAAGGAGACAUAUCUUAUGACAUUGUGGAGUUCAUUACAGACACAUGGCCUGAUGUACCAGAGGCUGCAAUUUUCUUCAUUGAGGAUGGGAAAAAGGUUCCAGCUGUGUAAACGCCAACCAAGUCGAGGGAGGUUUGAAUUUCACUGAAUGAAAUGAGAUCUCAAAUCAAAGGGCUUCCGUUCCAAAGUUAUGGACGACUUUAUAAUGCUGAUUUAGAUAAAAAUUUCCACUCAUGGUAUAUGUAUGUACCAAAUUGUUAUAUCGUCUCGCAAUUCAGACGUGUUUUAAAGUAAUGAAUUGGUUUGUACAGUGGCCUAAAUUCUGUUUCUGUUCGUGCAUUUUACAUGAGAGGAGAUCAAAGUUUUGGCUUAGAUAGUUUCGUUUUAAUAUUUAUAUUUGCCUUAUCUGAA